AUGGAUGAGGAUUUUCAACGCAUCCAGCCUGAAGUCGAAUCGUGGUAUGGCGCCGAGCUGAGACAACUUCGUUCAGCGAACGAGCAAGUCGCUUUCUACUCUGCUGAUAGUCAUGUCUUCAACGAAGAAGUCUUGCGCGAUGAGGAAUCGGAUAUCGAAAGUGAUGACAGCCACCACGCACGUGGGUUGCUCAUGCCAAAACAGAUUCACACAUCAUUGGAUCCUUUUGUAGCUCUUCCUGGGGGCGUACCAGAACAUCAGCGAACGCGUGUUCAGUUCUAUACGCAAACACUUGGUGCUGGCAUUUUUGGAGUCUCGGAUGCGCCUCGUUAUUCGCCCACCGCGGCGACGGGCAUCACCACCGCCAUUUAUUCUGAAGUAGGAAGAGCCUGGAUUUGUAUCUUGGUGGACGAAACCCUGAAUAUCUUGAGAGGGGGCACUGAGCAGAACAGAGAGUUAUCGCUACAGAGGGCGCGUGGAUUUCAUGAUCUCAAUAAAGCUUUGAGAUCUGGAGAUGAACAUUUCCAGGAAGCUCUUAUGGCUCUCACAAUUUGUGGACUGACCGAGUUUAGAUUUGGUACAGCUCAUUCAAGGAAUAUGCACACCACAGCUGUCGACAUGCUCAUUCGGUCGAAAGGCGGUCUCAGAGCAACUCUUGCAGCUGCACCAAACAUCGAACCUUUCUACGUCAGUGGACAAUUUGGGUUUGGAAAAUGUUACUUUCCAUCAAUUGAGCGACUGGAAAGCACCAUUGAGUGUUGGAAAGCUGAGAUCUUGGACAUCCUUUCUAGUCCUCGACCAAUUUGUGAUGCAAGAUUGACAUUGGCUCCUGGCACGAUAGCUACGCGGAGGGAGUAUCGCGCUCGCGAAUUCAGAGUCUUCAAACUCGCACUCGAAUCGAUAGACACGAUAGGACCUCCAACCAUAUUCGCCGCGGCCAUGCAACUCAGUCUAUUCAUCGAAUUGGCAUGGACCAUUCUGCAGUUUGGCGCUCGCUUCGACCUGACAAUCAGCCUUUUCAAACGAAUCGAGUAUCUUAUCAAAGGCAGCUUUGAUGGUGGUGUCCCUGCCAACAAGGCCGUUGAACUUCGGGCGGCAGCGAUUGCCACAAUGGUCAGUCGUGCUCGAAGAGAUAUCCUUGGAAGUUAUGCUCCCAACCAGCUUGCAGAUUCCGACGUAGCCAUGACUGGGAUCCAUAUCAAUGUGCUGAAGAUGUUUCUCUAUCUUGAGCCCGAAGGACGACAAUUCCUCAUCAAUAAAUUCGUGGCUUGGUUCCAAAGGAAAGAAUCUUCCAAUCAGCAGCCAUUAAUUCUGGAGUCAGAAAUAGCGAUGUUGCAAGCUCAAAUCACUGAAACAUGGGUCAGAACGAACCCUGGACAGUAA